AUCACAUCAAAGUUGGCGAUCGGGUGGCCGUCGAGCCGACCGUUCCCUGUCGUCUCUGCUCUUUCUGCAAAACCGGUUCAUAUAAUUUGUGUCCAGACGUCAAAUGUCACGGCACACCACCAGUUGAUGGCACUCUUAGGCAAUAUUUUAAAUAUGACUCCGAUUUCUGUUUCAAGAUAGAGGAGCACAUGAGCGAUGAAGAGGGAUCUCUGGUGGAGCCGAUGGCAGUUGCCGUCCAUUCGUGUCGAAGAGCUCUUAUAACAAUUGGCGACUCUGUGCUCAUAUGCGGCUCCGGACCCAUCGGUUUGGUUAACCUAUUGGUUGCCAAACAAUUUGGAGCUAAAAAGAUCUAUAUAACGGAUAUAAACGCCGCUCGACUCAAAGUGGCCGAAGAGAUGGGUGCAGACAAAGCCAUUCUCAUCGAUACUAAACUUUCUGACGAACAGAACAUCGAAAAAGUGAAGAAAGCGAUCGGAGGCAGAGUUAACGCUGCGAUUGAAUGCACAGGCGUUCAGUCGAGUAUCAAAUUAGCGAUGCUUUUGACCCAAAGUGGCGGCCGAGCGGUACUCGUGGGUCUCGGACCCGCAGAAGUGACGAUUCCUAUAUCAGAAACAGCUCUUAGAGAGGUUGACAUUAGAGGCAUAUUUCGAUACACUAAUUGUUUCCCAUUGGCCGCAAAACUCAUCGGUUCCGGUGAAUUGAAUGUCAAGCCAUUAAUUACACACCAUUUUAAGCUCAAAGAAGUGACGAAAGCGUUUGAGGCUUUUGACAGAGGAGAGGGCAUGAAGAUUAUGGUUCAUUUGCACGAUUAAAACAAUCACAAAUUGUUAUGCAAAUCAAACUUUUACAAAUAAGGAUUUAAUUUUGAAACAAAUUCCAAAAUGUACUUACCAAGCUCAUAAUUACAAAACAAUGUAUACC